CCAAAAGCUGCUUCCACAAACUAGAAGGCGAUUCUAGAGUGACAGAGAAGAAUGGAUGCUGCCAAAGUAGCCGAGCUGAACGAGUUCAUCACUAAAGUCAAGUCAAACCCGUCAAUCCUUCACUACCCUUCUCUUGCUUUCUUCAAGUCCUAUCUCCAAAGUCUCGGUGCUCGAAUCCCAACAGACCCAAAAAUGGAAACUAAAGAACAGUUUGAUGAUGACAUUGUUGAAUCUGAUAUUGAGUUGGAUGAUGCUGAUGUUGUGGAGCCUGAUAAUGAUCCUCCACAACAGAUGGGAGACCCAUCAGUUGAAGUUACAGAAGAAAUGCAGGAUGCUGCGCAAUUGGCGAAAUCGAGAGCUAUGGAUGCUGUUUCUGAAGGUAAACUGGAUGAGGCCAUAGAUCAUAUAACGGAAGCCAUCAUGUUGAAUCCAACUUCAGCCAUACUAAAAGCAUCCAGAGCUAGUAUCUUUGUCAAAUUGAACAAACCAAAUGCGGCAAUUCGUGAUGCUAAUGCAGCUAUAGAGAUCAACCCGGACUCAGCAAAAGGAUAUAAAAUAAGAGGAACUGCAAAGGCUAUGUUGGGCCACUGGGAAGAAGCAGCAAGUGACCUGCAUAUAGCAUCCAAACUAGAUUAUGAUGAGGAGAUUGGUUUGGUGCUUAAAAAGGUUGAACCUAAUGCUCGAAAAAUUGAAGAGCAUCGCAAAAAAUAUCAACGGUUGCAUAAAGAGAGGGAGAUGAAAAGGGCUGAACAUGAGAGACAGAGGCAAGCUGAAGCUCGAGAACGGGAUGCUUUGUCUGCUCUUAAGGAUGGGCAAGUUAUUGGUAUACAUGCGGCCAGUGAACUUGAGACGAAAUUGAAUGCUGCUUCAAGGACAUCGCGCCUUGCAAUCCUGUACUUCACCGCGACAUGGUGUGGUCCUUGCCGUAUGAUAUCUCCAGUAUAUACAAGCUUAGCUGAAAAGUACCCAAAAGUAGUUUUCACGAAAAUUGACAUAGAUGCAGCAAGAGAUGUGGCUGCAAGCUGGAAUAUCAGCAGUGUUCCAGCCUUUUUCUUUGUAAGAAAUGGCAAGGAGAUUGACAAGGUUGUGGGUGCUGAUAAAGCUGUGCUAGAAAAGAAGAUUGCACAAUAUGCAGCCUCAGCGUAACCUAAUCCUUAUGCAAGGCUGUUUGCUACUGUAUGGUACUUUCUACAGUCAUAGUUUGUUCUAAUCGAAGGAGAUGCGACUCUUGUUCUAGUCCUAGUCAAAUAACUAAAUAAAGUAUCUCCUAAAGUUGCUAAUGCGUACAUUUUACUGGAAAUAAAAUUUUGCUUUCUGGGCCAGUUGGAUUA